AUGGAGUGGGAAGCCCGGUCGGAUGCGAUCGUCGAGGAGUUGAGAGAAGCUAACCCGGACAUCAUCGCCCUGCAGGAGGUGAUGUGCGAGCUUUACGAAGCAGACCUGCAGCCGCGGCUAGCCUCGCUGGGCUACGCUGGGAGAGUGCAGAAGAGGAAGGAUGAUCACCGGACGGGGAACGCAACGUUCUUCCGCGAAGAUCGCUUUGAGGUCGGCUGGGAAGCACAUCGCAGUCGGGUUCUUCUCCUCGGUUUGCGUGAUUUGCGCGGUGAUCGUGCUGAGAUUUGCGUGGCUAAUGCCCACUUGGAGGGCAAUCCCCUGAAAGCAAUGGACCGGGUCAGCCAGGUGCGCUCAGCCCUGCAGGAUGCUUCCAAGCAUGGCGGGCCACAACGGCAUGGCUUGAUCCUCUGUGGUGACUUCAACGCGCCGUUGAUCUCCUCGGCCGUGGCCUCCUUCCUCUGCUUUGGCCAAGUUUUGUCAGGGGUUUCGGAGUUCGGGCAUGUGGUGGCCCCCGGCAAGACCCAAGACGAAAUCGGCCAUCCUUACGCGAUGCAGUCAGCCUAUGCGCCAGACGUGGCAGAGUUCAGCUUCACCCUUCGCGGUGCGGCGGGCAGCUGCCAUAUGCUGGAUCACAUAUGGUACGACUCAGCACGUGUACAGUGCAAGGCGGUCCGCGACGUCUUCCGCUCCCCGGAGCACCGUGAGGAGGUGCUCAUGAAGGGUCUUCCGAAUGCGGCUGAUCCCUCGGACCACUUGCCGGUCGGGGCGGUGCUGCGGCUAUUGCCGGCCACAGCAGCAGAGGCCCAGGCCGAGAGCGGCCCUGCAGAGUUGCUGAGGGAAGCUCACGAACUUUGGGAGGCGUGUCCGCUGUCCCAGGAGCAGCGGGAUGCAUACCUUGCCUGCGAAGAGGCGCUCUCUUCAGCCCGGCCGAGUGGACGCCCGACCCCAGAAGUGCUCCAAGCUUUCGAGGCUGCCAAGCAGGCCUUGCAAGCCUGCGUUGUGGCCCUCCCAGCCGAUGCGCAGCAGAUGCUGGAGCGCAUCAGCGAGCUCCGCAAGCAGGCCCGGAAGGCUGAGCAGCGUUUGGCCCGGCAGAGGGACAAGGAUGCCAAGGACGCCAAGACGAAAGCACUGUAG